UCCCCAUGGUGGAGUUCCGUGCGUGUUCUCCUCCGAGCUCAGUAUCCAUCUCCUCCGCUCCUGCCAGGAUGUUCAUGCAUUUGCAGGUCGGCUUCUACGUCUUCAUCCUCCUGGUGCACCUCCUCAGGUCCUCCUGCUGCUGGUCAGUGAAUAAUUUCUUGAUGACUGGACCCAAGGCGUACCUGAUCUAUUCCAGCAGCGUGGCGGCGGGGGCCCAGAGCGGCAUCGAGGAGUGCAAGUACCAGUUUGAGUGGGAACGCUGGAACUGUCCCGAGCGAGCCCUGCAGCUGUCCACUCACAGCAGCCUGCGUAGCGCCAAUCGGGAGACGGCGUUUGUGCACGCCAUCAGCUCGGCGGGGGUCAUGUACACGCUGACCAGGAACUGCAGUCUGGGAGAUUUCGACAACUGCGGAUGCGACGACAGCAGGAACGGACAACGAGGUGGUCACGGGUGGCUGUGGGGAGGCUGCAGCGACAACGUGGGCUUCGGCGAGGCCAUCGCUAAACAGUUUGUGGACGCCUUGGAGACGGGGCAGGAUGCUCGUGCGGCCAUGAAUCUCCACAACAACGAAGCGGGCCGAAAGGCGGUGAAGGGGACCAUGCAAAAGACCUGCAAAUGUCACGGCGUGUCGGGAAGCUGCACCACGCAAACCUGCUGGCUGCAGCUGCCCGAGUUCAGGGAGGUGGGCAACUACCUGAAGGAGAAGUACCACCGAGCCCUGAAGGUGGAUCUCCUCCGCGGUGCCGGGAACAGCGCGGCCAGCCGAGGAGCCAUCGCCGAGACCUUCAGCUCCAUCUCCCGCAAGGAGCUGGUCCACUUGGAGGACUCCCCGGACUAUUGCCUGGAGAACCGCACGUUGGGCCUGCCGGGCACCGAAAGCCGCGAGUGCGUGAAGAAGGGCAAGAACCUGAGCAAAUGGGAGAAGCGCAGCUGCAAGAGGCUGUGCGGCGAGUGCGGCCUGGCCGUGGAGGAGCGCAAGGCCGAGACCGUGUCCAGCUGCAACUGCAAGUUCCACUGGUGCUGCGCCGUCAAGUGCGAGCAGUGCAGGAAGACCGUGACCAAGUUCUACUGCGUGAAGAAGGGAGGGGUGAGGGCCAGGAACGAGAGCGCCGGCGGCCGCCGUAAGACCCUCAGACUGAGGAAGAAGCACUGAGCCUAGCAUGGAAAAACGCUUGGAGGGUUUAAAUGUAUUUAAGAUUUAUUUUUCUACCACGUUUUUUGGACACUUGUCGCUGAUUCGGUUCUUUUUCCAGCAGACAAUUGUAUUUAUUUUCAUAUCAGCAAGGAGCAACACUGUCAUAAUAAUUCCAAGCAAAAUUUUGAUGAUAGGCACAGGUCGAAAAAAAUUGUGCGAUUACAAAAUUACCAAAUUCUGGCGAAAUACUCGACUCCGACCAGCAGAGGCGCUAUUCAUUCAACUUGGUCUAAUCUGACGACAAAACCUCCGACAUUAUUGGGUUUAAUGUGCAUGACAGUUCAGAAUUCAGAAUUUUUUUUGUGUUGAGAUUCGGAAUUGAUCGCUAAAAAAAAUGGACUGCACCACUUGGCUGCAACCAGCAGAGGCGCUAUUCAUUCCAUUUCAGCUAAUCUAAAGAAAAACACAAAACCGAUCGCUACGUCCAUACAGACUUCUGCCAAGACGCAAGUCUAGCAUUAAUCUACUCACUAUGGAUGGAAGCAGGAGUUCAGAACACAUCAGAGAUUCUCCCAACCGGUUAAAAUUCUUAUUUUUUUGCUAAAUUUUCCCGCAAAAUUCCCAUCAUAAACGCAUUUGUCUGCCCUCUUGAUGUAUUUAAAUGUAUAUAAGGUAUAUAAGAUGAAGCACUUUGUAUGUACAUUGUUAAUUUAUUGCACACCUAGUCGUAUUGUUAGCGGUUGUUUUGGAUAAGG